AUGGCAGCGAAGCCCGAGGACGCGAGUACGGCACCUACGGAGGGGGCCGGUCUCUUUAGCGGAGCGGGUCUGGAGAAACAGCCGGAGCCUGAUCUUGUGGCUGGGUCUAACGACAAGAACGAUGGAGGGGAGGCUAUCGACAAUGCCACCGCGGCAGUAGCCGAUCUCUCUGUCGACGAAAAGAAAGAAGAGAACAAGGAAGCAGACGUCACUCCCCAAGCCAAUGCCGUGGCGCCCGAAACCGCACACAGCGAAGCCAAACCUGUGGAACAGAAAGAACCCGAAGCCGACACCGUAGCGCCCACUCAGGGACCCUUCUGGCCAGAGACGGCGCCCGAUCACCCACUCACCAAGUUCUACGAUGCUUUCGAAGCCCUCGUUACCGAAGCCCAGCAUGGAGAAGUCUAUGGCAUAGAGCUCAGCAAAUCAAAACCCUUCCAUACCAAGCUCAUACUACAAAAGUUCCUCCGAGCCAACCAAAACGAUCUGGAGAAAGCGAAGUCACAGCUACUGGAUACGCUGAAGUGGAGAAAGGAGUUCGAUCCGACCAAGGCGGCAGGGGAGACAUUCGAGAAGAGCAAGUUCGAUGGGCUAGGAUACGUGCUGGAGGUCGAGGGCGUGCCGGAGAGUCCCAACAAGAAGGAUAUUGUUACUUUCAACAUCUAUGGAGCUGUGAAGGACAACAAGGCUACAUUUGGUGAUCUAGAUGGCUUCCUCCGCUGGCGUGUGGGCCUUAUGGAAAAGUCCGUCCAAGCACUCAACCUCCCCGCCGCUACGACGCCCAUCCCCAAUUUCGGAGAAGGUCCAGACCCAUACCAAGGAUUUCAAAUCCACGACUACCUUCAAGUCUCUUUCUUGCGCCGCGACCCCCUUGUCAAGACGGCAACCAACAAGACCAUUGAAAUACUAGGACGUCACUACCCUGAGACCUUGAGCAGGAAGUUCUUCGUCAACGUACCCGUGGUCAUGGGUUGGCUGUUUAACGCAAUGAAGUUGGUUGUGGCCAAGGAGACGAGCAAGAAGUUUGUGGUGCUGAGCUAUGGAAAUCAGCUUGCCGCCGAGCUGGGUAAGGGUGUACCGAAGAGUUAUGGUGGUGAAAGGGCAGAGCUGGCCGAGAGCGCCGAGAGUAUGAAGAUGGCUUGA